CGUUGUUUGCGCAUGGAAUCUGUUCCACAAUGCUUAUUGUUGGUCUAAAAUUUGAUGACACCCCACGCACACGUGUCCACACCACGCUUACAACGCCCACAACGCCGCACAGUGUGUGCCUUUUUGCUUCACGCCACCCUCAUUUCCAUCGACUGUUCCCACACGCGCGCUCCACACAGAACCACCCCCCUCUCCCUUUCUUGCUUCUUCAAUAGCACCACAUCACAAUGAUGGAGUUGAUGCGAUUGGACGUGCAGAAGUUUGUGGACAGCUUCGAGCGGGAAAUCUCUGCGCUUGGCCCCAAGUAUGAGAGCGGGCACCUUGAGUCGCACUUUGGCCUCAACCCGACCUUCCUCGCAGCCGGCAAUGUCUUCUACUUUGUGACCCUCGCGGUGUUGUACCUCAUCAUGAGGAACCGCGCUCCCCUGCAGCUCACCAACUUCAUGCGGGCGUACAACCUGUCGUGUGUUAUCCUCGCUGGUGCCGUGUGCUACGGUAUCAUCAUGAACUGCAUCCGCUAUGGCUUCAUCUCCUACUACGGCAACGGUGAACGCAUGGACGCCCGCACGGAGGGCGGCAAGCACCUGCUCUGCUUCAUCUGGCUCUACUAUAUUCAAAAGUUCUGGGAGUUUCUUGACAGUUUCAUCUUCAUCCUGCGCCACAAGUGGAACCAGCUCUCCUUCCUGCACGUGUACCAUCACUCCUCCAUCACCAUCAUCUCCUUUGCGUACAUCUGCCUCUCCGGCAGCGGCGAUGUUGCUCUUGGCGCCUUUAUCAACAGCUUCAUCCACGUCCUCAUGUACUCCCACUACUUCCUCACCACCUUCAAGUGGAGCGCGUGCCUCGUGGCACCUGUUUGGUACGAACACACGGGCCUCCACAGUGGAGAGAGUCUUCGCAAGGCGAAGAAGAAAGACACGCUGGUGCUGGUCACGGCGCUGGCAGACACUGUCGUAUCUCUCAGCAUGGUUGAAAAGCACCUGCAAGUGAAGAACCUGCGCAUGGCUCGACCAGAGACGCUCACAGAAACGCUCGGUCUGCAAGGCGGCGCUGUAACCUCGCUUGGACUCAUCAACGACAAGGAGCAUCGCGUUCACGUGUACUUUGAUCGUGCCAUGAUCGCCGCUGGCAAGGUCAACGACAUCCUCGUGCACCCGACAUCUGGCAACGACAUCACGCUCGCCAUCUCUGCUCCGGCGCUGCUCUCAUAUGUUGCCAGCUGCGGCCACACGGCACACCUCAUGGACUUUGACACAGGCGACGUUGUCGACGCGUAGCAAAGUGUGUGUGCGUGCGUGCGUGCGUGCGUGUAAUUGACGAGAAGAGGACAACCGGUGGAAGCAAGAGAGUGCCGUGUGUAUUGUACUGCCAAUGAACAAGACAACAGCAAACCAAG